AUGUCUCAGCUCAGCUAUGCUCGCUAUGGCAAGGACAACAUCCGGCUCUACAAGGUCCACAAGGACGAGAAGAGCGGUAUCCAGUCCGUCGUUGAGAUGACAGUCCGCAUACUGCUAGAGGGCGACAUUGAGACCUCCUACACAGAAGCAGACAACUCCGUCGUCGUAGCCACAGACACCCAGAAGCAGACAUGCUACAUCCUAGCAAAGCAGAAUCCGGUCACUCCUCCCGAGCUCUUCGCCUCCAUAGUCGGCAACCAUUUCGUCGAAACCUACAAGCACAUCCACGCCGCACACGUCAACAUCAUUGUGCACCGAUGGACCAGGAUGACCGUCGACGGCAAGCCGCACCCACACUCCUUCUUCCGUGACGGCGAGGAGACCCGCGUGGUCGAGGCAGUUGCCAGAGAAGGCAAAGGCAUCUCCAUUCGCUCCGGCAUAAAGGGUCUCCUCGUCCUCAAAAGUACCGGCUCAGCCUUCUACGGCUUCCACCGCGACGAGUACACCGCGCUUCCCGAAACCUGGGACCGCAUCCUCAGCACCGAGGUCGAGUCUGGCUGGCACUGGAAGACCUUCUCGAGUCUGCAGGAGGUCAAGUCUGUUGUCCCGAAGUUUGAUGAGGCGUGGCAAUCUGCGAGGGAUAUUACCCUCGCUACAUUCGCCAAGGACAACAGCGCUAGUGUGCAGAAUACCAUGUACAAGAUUUGUGACCAGAUACUGGCCGCUGCACCAUUGGUAGAGGCGGUUGAGUAUUCUCUGCCGAAUAAGCAUUACUUUGAAAUUGACUUGAGCUGGCACAAGGGUCUCAAGAACACCGGCAAGGACGCGGAGGUGUAUGCGCCCCAGUCCAACCCGAACGGUCUGAUCCAGUGCACCGUUACCCGCAAGCCCAAGGCCAAGAUGUAA